AUGCAGGUUGGUGUUGCUGGGGAGCCACAUCCACAUGCAAUAGUUCCAAGUGGUAUUUUUUCCAAGAAAUCUCGAGAAUUCAAGAGUCUUUCCCUUUUCACCAGUGAUGACAUUCUCCUAUAUGAUACAUUAUGCGAAUUCCUGGAUAUCUUGUAUUUCAAGCAUCUCUUGGUGAAUCCAAAAGAGAGGAAUGUUGUGAUUGUUGAAUCUCCAUUCACGACUUCGCAGUUCAGAAAUUCCUUAGCCAAAGUGCUUUUCUGCCACUUUGAUAUAUCCACUGUCCUCUAUGUCUGCUCACAUGUAGCAGCACUUUUCACCUGUGCCAUUUCAACUGGACUAAUAAUAGAUGUUGGAUAUGAAGAAGCAACUAUCCUCCCUGUAUAUGAAGGCUAUCCACUUCUUCAUGCUUGGCAAUCAUCACCUAAUGCUGGAAAGGCAAUUCACUUAGCUUUAAAGAAUGAUCUCACUGAGAGAUGUAUGGUCAGGACUCCAUCCAGGGAAGAGAAACCCCUGGUCAAAGUCAGAGAAGUCCUGAGUGAAACGAUGCUUGAAGACAUCAAAGUGAGGACCUGCAUGGUUUCACCCAUGGAAAGAAUGAGGAAAUUGAGAGCUGCAAAUGAGGAUCCAAAUCAAGAUGCUCCUCCUCCACCUCCAAAUGUGGAAUAUCCACUAGAUAAUGAUCACAUGCUACUCAUCAAAGGCAGAAUUAGAGAGACAGCUUGUGAAGUGAUCUUUGAGAAGAAUGAAGAUUACAAGACUCUUGCCAACUUGAUUAUGGAAGCCUUGAUUGCAUGUCCAGUGGACACUCGGAAAAUUUUGGCAGAGAAUAUCUUCAUGAUUGGAGGUUCAGCUAUGUUGCCUGGCUUCAAGCAUCGGCUCCUGGACGAAAUCAAAACCACAGCCAAUUCAGAUGGAUACAAGGACAAGGUCUUCCUCUCCUCUUUCAAAGUGCAUCUUCCUCCUGCUAAAGACAAUUAUGUCUCAUGGCUUGGUGGUUCAAUCAUUGGAGCAACAGAAGAAGUUGUGUUGCGGGGACUGACCAAGGAGACUUACCUUAAACUGAAUUGUGUUCCUGAUUGAUGCCUCUAUGUUGAGGACAAAUUCAGACCCAAGAUGGGCCAAUGGUGUCAUCAGGAUGACAUUGCAAAGUUGGACAAGCUCAUUGUCAUCCCAGAUCAUCUCCAGUACUAUUUGGGGUGUCAAUUGGGCACCAAAGUGCCUGAUCAAAGACCAGAGGUUCUGCACAUCUGCAGCAUGACCAAGCUGAUAGGGACAACUUUUUGGCCAGAAUCAUGGCAUAUGAUGAAACCUGGUGUCAUCUUGACAAUGAAGGUGAGGAGAAUGUUGAGGGGCCACUUGGACAAUGCCAUUGUAAAGGCAUCCAAUACGGGUGAGCGGGCAAAGCUGAAGAAGCAAGGUUCAUCAAGAAGCACAUUCUCUGUUCGUUUUGUGACUCUCCGAGCUGCAUUAUGUAUUGCUGGCACUGCUUCCUUCUAUGUGCUUUUCAUGGUCCUUCUUCAUACACUGGGACCUGAGUCUACAAGGAAACAUGCAGCUGACACUUUGGAUUCCCUGUCGUACAAGCUGUCCCUUCAGAAGAGAUUUCAUGCUGUGAUAAUGGAUGCUGGCAGCACAGGAAGCCGUGUCCUUGCCUUUACCUUUCAUCGAUCUCUUAUGGAUGGGACACUCAAGAUAGAUGAUGAAUUGUUUGGAGAGGUGAAACCUGGGCUAUCAUCAUAUGCAGAUGCCCCUGCGAAGGGUGCUGAGAGUCUACAGCAACUCCUAGAGAUGGCUAACUCAGUCAUUCCAGAGCCAGAAAGACACAAGACUCCAUUGGUCUUGAAAGCAACAGCAGGACUCAGGUUACUGCCUUCAGAAAAGGCUGAGAAUCUUCUUAAUGAGGUGAGGGAUCUAUUCUACAAAUCUGGGUAUCAAGUGUCCAAGAAUUCAGUCUCCAUCAUGGAUGGCAUGGAUGAGGGCAUCUACUCCUGGUUUACUAUCAAUUUCCUUCGUUCACUACUGGAUGAAAGCAUUGAUGAGACCGUAGCAGCCUUGGAUCUGGGAGGAGGAUCCACACAAAUAACAUUCGUUCCUCAAGAUGCAGAAGUUUUUGCAGAUGUCCCACAGGACUUUGUUGUAUCUCUAAAUGCCUUGAAUAAGGAACUCAAAUUCUAUACAUAUAGCUACCUAGGACUGGGACUGAUGGCAGCACGAGCAGAGAUUUUUAAAGCAAACCUGACUGAAGAUAAUUUGGUUCGCAGCCCUUGUAUAUCUCCCAUUGUGAAACAAGAUUGGGAGUAUGGAGGAGUUAGCUAUAAGCUGAUGGGCCUUCAGAAACCGAAGUACAAGAAGUUUCGUGUGCUUGCCACUGGGAAAAUGGAUGAGAAUAGACCCAUUGCUGACUUCUAUCAAUGUAUACAAAUAGCCUCAAACCUCGUUCUCAAGAAGGUGCACAAGCCACCUGAGCUGAGCAAGCGAAAGAUCAAUGCCAUAUCAUACUUCUAUGACAGAGCUGUUGAAUCUGGGCUGAUACAUCCUGUUGAUGGAGGGGAGGUCACAGUCAAGGAUUACUUCAAGGCAGCAGAGACAGCAUGUGAGGAGGCUAAUGUAGACCAGCCAUUCCAAUGUAUUGAUCUUACCUACAUCAGUGCCUUGCUGCAUUAUGGGUAUGGAUUACAACUGAGUGUCCCAUUGGAGCUGAGGAAGAAGAUUGAAGGUCAUGAGACCAGCUGGGCAUUGGGGGCUGCAUACCAUAUCCUGAAUAGUUGAAGGAAAAAACAUGGCAUAUACAUUUUUGUUUUCUACAGGUGUAUUUUUGUGCUUCUUUUGUUAUUGCAAGGAGGGAGGGAUUUGGGAAAAUGAUUCUUCAUUGGAUGUAUUUAAUUUCAGACAGCAAUCAAAUAGUCUACCGGUGCUGAAUUAUGUCAAAAAACUUUCCAAUUCAUGAGAAACAUGCAGGCAUUACAUGUUUAGUUAUAAAUUAGAUACCAUAA